AUGUACCGACAAGUCUGCUACAAUCGGUCACGAGAUGAUAUCAUGUUGGUCAACUGGCAACCUUUUCCUAUCCUAGAGAAAUCUCACUCAUGCAUGUCAGGCACAUCUAUCGUCGACGUCUAUCCUUACGAGGUAACAUCCGACUUUACUGUAUAUCUCAUUGACACGCCUGGCUUCGAUGACACCGGGAGAAGUGACACCGAAGUCCUUAGCGAGAUUGCUGCUUGGCUCACAGAUUCUUACAAGCAUGAAAUCCGUCUUCAUGGUAUAAUCUAUCUCCACCGAAUCAGUGAUGUUCGCAUGCAAGGCUCAGCUAAAAAGAACUUGGUCACAUUCAAAGAGCUGUGUGGCGAAGAUGCGCUGAAAAAGGUGGUUUUGGCAAGCACUAUGUGGGAUAUAGUGCCUGCAGAGAAAGCUACCAAGCGAGAGCAAGAACUCAAAGACACCCCGGAAUUCUGGGGCUGGAUGCUUUCAAAAGGCAGUUCAAUACACCGAUACAACAACACGGCGGAAUCUGCUAGAGAGAUAGUCCUCUCGUUAGCCGGCCACAACGCACCGAUAGCUACUGAUCUGCAGAAACAGAUGGUUGAUGAAGGAAAAAGUCUCGACGAGACUUCGGCCGGCCAAGGGCUUAAAAGUGAACUUCUCAAAGAGCGACAGAAAUUGACACUAGAACGCCAAGAGCUCCUUACUCAAAUAAAAGCAGCAAAAGAAAAACAAGAUAUUGACACAGAGGAGGCUCUACAAGAAGAGAGUGAUAGGUACUCCGUUUUGAUAAAGAGGGCUGAAGAAAGUGCCAGAGCUUUAAGGAUGACUAUGGAAAACCUAAUCGCUAAACGAGAUUUGCGUGUUGCAGAGAUGACUAAAGAGAUAAGAGAGGUCCAGAAUGAGUACGAAAUGAACUUCAGGCUGAUGAGAAAGGACGAGAUAAGGUUGAAGAAUCAGAGGCUCGAUUUAGAAAACCAGCAAAAGCUCCAACGAGAAAGAAAUUCGAGCGUCAAGCCAUCAACCAAUACUCAAGAAGCUAAUACGGAGCGACCUGGCCAGCGUCCAUCGAAGGAGGAAGGAGGCAUACCUGCCAGCAAGAUAGAGGUAUCUGUGUCUAUAAGCAAGUCAUUCUACAUUUUGCAAAGCCCUCUUUGCUGGAGAUGCACGAUUCAAAGCAACGAGGUGGAGCUCCUGGAGUUGCAAAACGGGAAGCGAAUGGAGCUGGGUUGCUUAAGUGCUGUAGGCGAUCAAAGGACAGUGUGGAUUGCUCGUUACGAAAAUAAUGACUGGACAGAAGGAUGGUCUAUGAGCUUUGAACGAUACUAUCCGACGCUGGCCAAGGAUAUAAAGUCGUAUGGCCUCAAUGCCGUCAAACUAUGUGCACUCGGCCCUGGCGAACGUUACUACACCGGCUGGAACGAGUUCCGUGCCUACAGCUGUUCGCCCAAAUUCACUAGAACAAUGAAGAGUAUCAAAAAGGACAACUAUUCGAUCACAGCUGUGUCCUUUGGAUGCGGUAGCUCCUUUCUUGUUUCGUACGGUGCUGAAAAUGGCCACCUCGGCUGGACACAUGACCUUCAGGGUCACUACCCAAGUCUAAAUCGGUUUCUGAAAAGUCAGAAGAAGCUGGGAAAUAAGAUCAGUAUACAUGCGGCAACCCUUGACCCCUUUAGUAAGACUGAUUACCUUGUUGUCUUUACUGAUAAUGAGGGGAGGGACAGUAGCAGACUCAAGUACAAAAUGCACUGUUCUGAUAAAAACACCCGCCAGGCGGUCGAGGAUUGGUGGGAGAUAACUAAAGGGCGUCGGCCACCUCGUGAGAAUGGGGUUGUUAUUAGCUGCCUGCUGUAA